GUACCUUUAUUUAUUACACCUGUAGGCUAUUUAUUGAUGACCCCCACUGCCAUUUUUAUCUUAUCGUUUUCCAUUGCUGUGACGCCAAAUCUAAAGGAAAAACUUCAACAAACCUUCAAAUCUUGACGUCAACUCGACAGUCUCUAUCGUACAUUGCUAAACCGAGACAUAAAAGCUCCAAGAGUCACGCCAUGGGACAACCUUCCACGCAGGCAUCAAAUGCCCUGAUCUAUAUCACUUAUGGCUCCUUCCUGAUUUUUGGCUGUGCCAUCGCAUGGCGGCUCCGGCAUCAGACGAAAGACGAGUUCCUCUCUAGCAACAGAACGCAGUCUGGUAGAUAACCUCCACACAACCCUUCCGUUUCUGGCGUCAAUUCUUCCCCCCAACAGCUGCAGCGCCUCCUCCAAUUGACCCCCCCCCCCCAUAUUAGAAAGACAGCAGCUAAUGUUUAAUCAUAGCCGGACCGUUGGCGCUUAACUUUGUCGCUUCUGGUGAGUACUUUGCGGCGCCUUCGUUUUCGAUUCGGUGAACGGCGGCAGCAACUCUCGUAUAUAUGUACGGAUUCCCAGCACGGACAAGCAACAUGAAUAUCGCCCAAUAGAGUGAGAAAUCUUCAACAGAUCCCAACUGCAAGCCAUGAGUUAUUAAAGCAUAAGGUUCGUAUUUGCAGAAAAUACCGUGUACGCCUCGAGCCUUCUUCUUGGCACUCUAGAGCAAGCAUUUUGCAAUUUAGCUGUGUUGGCUUUGGAGGCUGAGGAGGUGGCAGAGGGCGGGCAUUGUGUGGCUUCACUACGGGCGCUGAACCUGGCAAAUACUGGGAUACACCUAUUCUCUAUGUUCACAUAGGGAAAGAUAUCUCUGUGUUUUGCCUAGGCGAAGCUGAGAUUGUACCGUGAUUACUCGAUCAAGUUAAUGCUUGCGUGGGAAAGUGCUGCCGCCUCGAAACCCCCUUCCCUCCAUUGUUGCAAACUGCUAACAUUAUAUUUUUUUUUUCAAUUGAACAGCCCUGGGUUCCGGUAUUCUGUUCUCAUACCCGCAACUGGCUGCUCUUACUGGCGUGCAAGGCGUGGUUGUCUAUGCCGUUAGUUCAGCAGCCCCUCUUAUGGUAUUUGCUAUCCUUGGCCCGAUUAUUAGAAAUAAAUGCCCCGAAGGCUUUAUUCUCACAGAAUGGACAAGACAAAGAUAUGGUGUUGUUACAGCUAUGUUUCUCAGCUUUCUCACGCUGGUCACAAUGUUUCUGUAUAUGGUAGCAGAGCUCUCUGCAAUGCAGCAAAUCGUCGGUGCUUUGACUGGAAUGGAUGGCCUGCCAGCAAUCAUCGUGCAAGCCGUCGUAACCACGAUAUAUACCUCUCUCGGUGGCUUCAAAAUCUCAUUUAUAACCGACAAUAUCCAAGCAGUCAUGGUCUUCUUUUUGGUUACAGUUGCUACUAUCACCAUCGGCGUCAAGACGAAUGUGGAUCGCAGCCUAGUUGAUUCUUCCGGUCUACUCAAUGCUACUCUCCUGGGCUGGCAACUUUUGUAUAUUCUUCCAGUUGCCGUCCUCACAAAUGACUUCUUUCUUUCCAACUUUUGGAUCCGCACUUUCGCCUCUCGAACUGAUAAAGACCUCUUCAUUGGGGUCUCAAGCGCCUCGGCUAUAGUGCUUGUCAUCCUGACGCUCGUUGGUGUAACGGGUCUGCUCGCCGUCUGGACAGGGGCAUUAGCACCUGGCGAAGACGGCUCCAUCGCCUUCUUCCUUCUUCUGGAAACACUACCCAGCUGGGUUGUCGGAAUUGUCCUGGUCAUGACUGUUACGCUUUCUACAGCAGCGUUCGACUCCUUCCAAUCAGCCAUGGUUUCUAGUGCUUCAAAUGAUCUGUUCGGGAACAAACUCAACAUCUGGGUUAUUCGAGCUGGGAUAGUGGCGCUUAUAUUUCCUGUCGUUGUGAUUGCUCUCAAAGCGCCGUCGAUCCUGCAGAUCUACCUGAUCUCCGACCUUGUUUCUGCCUCGACCAUUCCAGUCUUGGUUAUUGGCCUUAGCGACCGCUUCUACUGGUGGCGCGGGUUUGAGGUUGUAAUCGGCGGUCUUGGUGGAAUUCUGACAGUAUUCAUCUUUGGAACAAUCUACUUCGGGAAUGCCCUUGAUGGCGCAAAAUUGAUAUUGCUUGAAGGCGGUCUAUACGCCAAUGACUGGAGUGUAUUCGGUGCUUUUGUCGCUGCUCCUUUUGGAGGACUCCUUUGGGGCUUUGGUGCACUGGUCGUUAGACUGGGCUUUCAGUGGCUUAUUGCGAAGAUAAAGGGGCAACGCUUUGAUUCCCUCGACAAGCCCGACUACCUCACACGUCCUCGGAUUGUGGACGCCAAUGAAUAUACCGACGGUGGUGACAUCACGGCCGCUGACGAGGAAUUUAUCACAUCACGUCCGAAAGGGAAGUUCUUCUAGAGCUGCCAAGACCAUAAUAGGUCUAUUGAGUUGCGCCAUCGCACAUAAUGCGAGGGGUAUUACAUGCUUGUCGAUUACUGAGUAAUCAAAACUCGACGAGGGACAGUCUAAUAAGGUAUUAGUUAUUAUAUACCAUACUAAACUAUUGCUAUAUAUACUACCAUGUUCAUCGCCAAUUAAGACGAUAAGUGAAGAUUUUGUGUUGUUGGAAGGUAGCAUUUAGGGUUCCAUCAUAGUACCCAGGUUUACUAUACAAUCACAUAAAAAACCUUGUGCAGCAAAGAAAGAUAUUUCUGGUGGAUUUAUUAGUCCCGGGAGUUUUCUUCUAUUUAGACCUUAUCGAAUAUUCUACACAUUGUUUCUAU